GAAAGGGACGGGAAAAAUAAUCAAGUGGGCAUGCGUAGUAUAAGCUUUAAUAUGUCCGAAGGAAAACUACGCAUGCUCACGUGAUUAUUUUUCCCUUUCCUAUCCCGUUCCCGUGAAAAAACGGAUGAGUGGAAACUCACCUUAAUGUACCCGAUGUGUAUGUACAGUCAGAAGGAGAAUUUGAGAAAAUGUUAGUAAUAAAAGACAACAUUGAAGAUUCCUCCUAUAUUUUAAAUUCUUGUUUUGAUAUUCCCAGACAUGACUUUGAAGCGAUUGGUAGCAAUGAAAUGCUAACUGACAACAUCAUUAAUGCUGCACAAAAAAUGUUGCUACGUCAGUACCCUAAUGCUAAAGGUUUACAAGACCCCAUUCUUGGCCAAAACCUCAGUUUUAGCAUUCUAAAAGAUGAAGAGUUUGUUCAAGUGUUGCAUGAUGGGUGUGCUCAUUGGUUUGCAAUUAGCACAGUAAACUGUUUAUCAGGGCAUGUUUUUGUAAUGGAUAGUUAUUUUAGAGGUAAACUUAGCCAUGCCACAAUGAGACAAAUAUGUUCAAUAAUUCGUUGCCCAUUAAGUAAAAUUAAAGUUACAGUUUUACCAGUUCAACAACAGACAAAUGGUAUUGACUGUGGCAUCUAUGCAAUUGCUUUUGUACAAUACCUGUUACAUUUUAAGGACUAUCCCACAAAUGUGAAUUUUGAUCAAACAAAACUGAGAACCGAGCUGCUUAACUCUUUUAAAAACAACUAUUUAAGUUUGUUUUCAACCACAACAAACAAUGUCAGACGAAAUGUUGAAAAGGAGAUAUAUUUAGAUUUAUACUGCACUUGCAGAAUGAUUUGGGUCCCAUCAGAUAAAAAUAUAUUUGGAAGGCACAUGGUAGAAUGUUCAGGAUGUUUGCAGUGGUUUCACAGAAUGUGCGAAAGAAUUUCAGAUAAUGUUCUUAAUGAUGACAAUAUCAACUGGCAUUGUUCAACUUGUGAUAAAAUAAAAUAAUGAUACUUCAGU